UGCAGAAGCAUUCAAAAAUAAAAAAUUAUUCAUACAUUGCACUUUCAACCUGCUGCAUCAAAGUUCCUAAAAAAGUAAACUUUAAAAAAAGUGAGCAGAAAAUGAUUUACACGUAUAUUUUACUUUGUGCACUCGUUGCACAAUCAACCAACGCGAAUCAGAUUAAAUCACCCGCUGAUCGAUGUGCUGAAGUCCAAAUGAUAUUCGAUUCAGAUUUUAAUGACGGCUGCAUUUUUACUUGUAAAAAAGAAAAAAAUGUUUCGAACGAAAAAAAUGUAACUUUGGAAAAUAAUGGCGAACUUGAUGACACGAAAGAUAUUGUUGCUGAAGAUGGUGCGCCCUGCGCUAAUAAUGGACACUGUGAAGAAGGAGUAUGCUUCAAUAUGACAACUACUACAACUAUUAUCAACUAUACUGGUUCGCCUAGUGGCUAAUGUUAAGAAUAAAAAAAAUAAUAAUAAUAAAAAUACUUUCUCAUAUGAUGAGAAUGUAAUAAUAAUAAUAAUAAUAAUAAUAAUAAAUAAACGAAUGUAUUAUUAAUUACACUUGAAAGAAUUUGGUGUAUUUUUGAAACGAACUAAAUUCCGUUUCUCAUUCAAUAAAUAUUGUUUUAAUCGAA